GUUUAUGUUGACAAAAAUGGCGGACAUUCCUUCAAACUAUUUUAUUUUACAAACAAAUUGAGUGUUUAUAUUAAACCACUUUAACAGAGAAGGCAUGGCGCCCUUAGAUUGGGAUAAGAUCAUGGGUGCCGACCCUGCCAAACUGUCGGACGAUGAUGCGGAUACAUUUUUUGAAGAAUUAGUUGGCUAUGAUCCAAAGGAGAAUGAUCCUGAGAAGCUUAAGCAGCUUUUCAAGGUGACGCGCGGCGUGAUGAAGGCGCGGCAUGACCAGGUCGAGGAAAUGAUGGAGGAGAUGGAGAAGGAAACCAAGGCAUCCAAAAAGAAAGAGCAAGAGCUGUUGAAACACCAAAAGGAACUGGAUAAGAAAAUACAAGAUUUGGAGAAAUAUGGCGGAGAGGGUACUGGAGGCAGCUUGUCGACAAGGAAGUUUCGGGACGAUAUGCAGGAUCUUGACAAACAAAAUGAAGAACUGAAGCAGGACAUCCGCGACCUUAAACAGGAGCUGGCCACUGAACGCAGGACUGCAGAGAAGUACAGUGAACGUAUCAGUGAUGUGGAGAAAGAGCUCAAGGAAUUGAGAGAGGAGAAUGACCAGCAGCGUCAGGACAUUACGGAGUACAAGCUGCAGCUUCAGACUCAGCGGAACAUGAUGAUGGCACGCAAUGAUGACACAGAUAUGGCCUCUAAGCUGAAGAAGAAAAACAAGGAUCUCUCUGAGGCUAUGGAAGAGUUACAGAACCUGACAGAUGAGCGAGACAUGCUGCAGAAGCAUGUCGAAGACCUCAACGAGAAGCUGCUCUCCGCCAUCACCGAGAUGGAGAAAACCACCGAGGACUGUGCAAAACUCAAGAAAGUUCUUCAGCAGAGUGACUCCAUCCAAGACAAACUGAGAGAGGACAAUGAAAUUCUCCGCUCAAAGGUGGCUGAUCUUACUGAACAACUGGCCUCAAAGACUGAUGCAGACGAUGCCAUCAUGGUUGCUGUUGACAACAAGAUUGAGGAAUGGAGGAUGAUCCUGGAAGACAAAGACCAGGCAAUCUUGGAACAGCAGGACCAGAUCUUCCGUCUACGUGAGCAGCUAGUGUCUGCAAACAUGGACAGUGAUAAAGCCUCUGUUCAGGCCCUCACCAAGGUCAUACGCGAGAAGGACCAGCAGAUACAAGAGCUUACUGAACAGAUACGGACAUAUACAGAUGAUAUCGACAAGAACGCUGCUCUGAUUGAGGACCUCAAGGCAAUGGUGGAAAGAACUGGGAAGGGUCCAGCCGUUGAACGUCAGCAAUUGGCCAUCCGGGAGCUCAAGGCCAAGUUGGAGCAUGAAACGCAGAAAAACAAGGAGUUUGAACGUGAUGUCAGAUAUGCGGAGGAUGAUGCAAAAGCAAAGGACAAAGAGAUGACAGAGGCCCUCGAGAGGAUGAGGCAGUAUGAAGCAGGAGAGUAUGGAUUAGCUGAAGCCGUACAGGAGAUAAAGGAUGGCAAGAAACAGGUCAACAUAAGGGACAAGCAAAUCGAGGAGCUGACCCAAUACAUCAACAAGAGCGAGAUGACCAUUAACGAUCUCUGUGAUGAGAAUGAGGAUCUCCGGGGGCGACUAGGCCUCGACCCUCGUAAACCCAUUGAUCUCACACAGUUCCGGUCUGAUAAGGCCAAACGGUCGGAAGGCGACAAAGCAACUGUCAUAAUGCUGCAGAAAGAGAUUGAAGACCUUGAAGAAGAGAGGAUCAACCUAAAACAGAAGAUCCGUAAAAUGGCCCAACAGCUAGGGCACAGGGCGGUUGCUCUCGGGCUCACUGCCGAGGAUAUGAUUGCAGUGCACGAUUACACAGAAACACUGAAGGAGAAGAGGAAACCAGAGUCUGCCGCCACUGUCAUCAAGCGGGAGGUCUAUAUGAAGGAGUCCGAGAUGCGGAAGUCAGAGUAUGACCAGGACAUUCGUGAGAAUUUCCGAGAGAUGGACCGGCUGUACAGUGAGAAUGCCCAGAUGAAGGCCAAGAUGGAACAGCUAGAUGAGGAAAACCAGGGGCUUGAGGCUGGGCUCAAGGAGGUAAUGGAGGCCAUGAAGAAGUAUGGCAUUUCCCGAGAUGGGGGCGUGGAGAUGGAGAAGGGAGAGAGGGAGGUGGCGGAGAUGCAGUUCCCAGCACUAGAGAGAAUGCUUGCAGCGAUAGAAGCCAAGUCAGUGUUGGGUAGACAUGACACAUCCCUGUUUUUGAAAGCCCAAAUGGACAACCUACAGGGUCGCAAUGACGAAUUGCGCCUUGCAAUCCGUGAGAUACGGCAUGAGGCAAACAAAUCCUCCCUUGAGCUGGAUAAAGCCAUGGAAAAGGUUGGACAGAUGGAGGAGGAGCUGAAGUCAGUGAAGGGCCCUGGAGGUGGUGGGGCCGGGUUCUUCAAGCCUCUUUCUUUGCCUGAAAACAUGGCCACCACAAGUGCAGAGGUCAUUGCCAGCCUCAAUGAACACUUGGUUACAGUACUGCAGGAGCUUCAUGUAAAGGAUGAGGCCCUAACAAAGACAGAGGGUAAACUUGAGGAUUACAAGCGGAAAUAUGCUGUCGUGAGACAUCAGCAGGGCCUCCUGUAUGCUGACUAUCUCAAAGACAAACAGGCAUGGGAGGUGGAGGUAGAGAAGUUGCAGGAAAAUCUGAAUAACGUUGAGGGGCUGAGACAAGAGGACAGUGUCCGUGUUGCAGAGUUCGAUCGUUUACUGGACUCUCUGAACAAGGAUGAGAGUGAGAUAAAGCGACGGUUAUCAGAUAUGUCUCGCCGGAUCACUGUGUACCGAGUGAACGAGAAGGCUCUCACACGACGCUAUCAGGCUAUGGAGGAGGUAGAUGGCAAACACAGGAAGGAGAUCAAUCGUCUGAAGAAUGAGAUGGUUGCCAUGGAGCAGGCUGUAGUAGAGAGGAUGGGAUACCUGCAGAGAUACAAGGACAUAGCAGCAUUCAAAAUCCAAGGUCUACAGAAAGGUCUGGAAGAGUCUGUGCCCUCCACGGAUCUUGACGAGGCCAACAAGAAGUACCAUGAGCUCACUGAGAAGUACCGAGACCUGCUGGAGAAGGGAAACAAUCUUGUUCUUAAAGCAGAGAUGCUGACAGGACUAGAGAUUGAGGUGAAGCGUAUGGCGACAGAGAAUGAGGAAUUGAAGAAGACUAUGACCUUGGACAAGGAGAAACUGCAUGCACUUGAGGCUGCUCUAAAUGAACUGCAUAGAAAAGGAGUGACAGAGGGUACAGAAAUCAAGGGUAUCACUGAUGCAGACGUGAUCUCCGUCUCUAAGAAAAUCACCACGCUCGAGAUGAAGGAGUUGAAUGAAAGGCAGCGAGCAGAACACGCUGUUAACAUGUAUGAGCAACAGAAAUCAAUCCUACACAACCUUGAGACCAGGAAUAAAGACCUGGAAGACAAGUUUGCUGAGAUUACAAAGUCCAAUUUAGAACUUCAGAAGAUUGAACGAGAUCUCAGGGAUGAGCUUUCAAAUUCGGUAAUGCGGGCUGUAAGUGACCUUGACAGGAAGAAGAUCACCCAGUUGGAGGAACAAAUACUCAACCUGAAGCAUGAAAACUCCAAACUCAAGGAAGUGACAGACGUUGCAAGCUCCCAGGUGAGGUCACUAGAAAUGCAGCACAUCUCACAGGAAAAGGAGGUGAAGUCAUUACGCCAACAGCUUCUAGACUUCCAGGUCCAGAGUGAUGAAAAAACCAUCAUAGGCAAACUACACCGUCACAUUGUCCAGCUACAGGUGAGUGAGGGCACGGCAGUCCGAAAGCUUGAGGAAUCACGCAGAAAGGUGACCAAACUGGAGGCCAUGGUGCUGCGUCUUGAACAGAAAAUUGACGACAAGGAGAACACGCUCUUCCAUAAGCAGAAGGAGUCACAGAACAAGGUCCAGUACCUCAAAAGAAACCUUCAUGACCUGAGACUACAAUUUGCUGGUGCUAUUCCUCUGUCGAAGCAGGAGAAAUUCUCCAAGAACCUUCUCCAGCUUCAGACAGACAAGGCUGCACUGGAAGAGGAGCUUAGAAAUACUCGUAAGACCAAGGAAGAUAUGGAAGAUCGUCUUGCCGCACUGGAACUACAGCAUCGGUCCCUGCAGGAGCUGAUGUUAACACUCAAGGACGGGCGUGGGGCUGCCAAGGUCAAGGAAUGGCAUGGCAAGAUGGACAACCUUCGCCUGGAGGAGCUCAAGCAUCGCAGGCAUAUCACUAAACUGCAGCAACAGAUCACGUACCUGGAGGGAAUAAUCCGCACCCAGGAGGGGAAUGUUGCUGAGUUUGAGGCAGAAAAUGUGCGACUCACCCAGGAGUUUGAGGAUCGACAACUGCGCUGGGAACAUCGUGAGGUGGAGCUAGAGAGGCAGAUAGCCACACUGGAGAGUCAGUCCGCGCAGAUAGCAGGAGCCGCGGCUAAGUUUGAGGAGGCCGUGGGGUCCCUACCAGAUUCGAAGCUACCGGUUGCCAACCAGCUGGAGCAGGCAAUCUCUACCAUAAAAUCCAAUGUGCGUGUGAUUCUGGACACACAGGCUGACUCCAAGAGGCUCAAACAGCGCAAUGAGGAGCUGUUAAAGCACAACCGUGAGAUAGAGAAGGCCCUAGUGGCUCGUGACAAGGUGAUCGCAGACCUUCGUCUACGCAUGCCUGCCACAGCAGAGCGGGAUGAGAUCAUCUUGCGUGCACAGUCCACCGCCAACACUGAGGCCGAGUUGAAUAAGGCUGCACACGACCGAAACUUUGAGAGUGCGCAGUCUAUGAAAGUGGCACAGUCCACCAUGGCCAGUUUGCAGGCACGUAUACAACAAAAGGAAGAGACCAUUUGUAAGUACCAGGACCUUCUACGUCAGGCGCGAGACGAUAUGCAGGAUAUGAACAAACGCCAUGAGAAGGAGCUACGCGCCAUGCAGCAGAAGAUACACAUGAACACUGAUGCUGCAUUCAGCAAGUUUAAGGAGGCGGCCCAUCAGAUCAUGACACAGAAACUGGCACAACCCUUCACAAAUAAACAGGUUUCACGUCUUAAUGAGCUUGAAGACCAAGUGGUUGAGCAGGAGAAUGCUCUGGCUGCCAUGGCAGAGAAACUGCGAUCUAGAGAUGAGGACAUUAUAUCACUCCGAACACGACUGCAGGACCAGAAUGUGCAGUAUGCUGGCGAGAAACAAACAGUUGUUGGACAACUUCGUCAUGAGCUGGACAAGAAGCAGACAGACAUUGACCGUCUCCAGAAGACCGUGGAAGACCAAGGUCGCGACAUUGAGCUUUUAAAUGCGGAACUGUCUGCCGCGAAGGAUGCCAACUCUCGUGCUCCCACUUCCACAAUGAAGAACAUGGUGGAACGCCUUAAAAACCAGCUGGCACUUAAGGAGAAACAACACCAGGCUCUGAGCAAGGCGUUGACGGAGCUGCGUGCAGACAUGGUGACCCAGGCACAAGCCCAAGUACGUGCUCAUACUGAUCAGGGAGAACAGGAGGUCAAUGUACAGAGGAUUGUCGACAAACAUACCAAGGAACUUGGGGACCAGAUAGAGGACCUACAGAGUACUGUGGAGAGGCAGAGGAAGGAGGCAAAGAAGAGAAAAGACAAGGAACAGACCCUUCAGGCUGACAUAGACGAUCUCCGGGAAGAACUAGCCCAGAAAGAGAAGAGUGUGUCAAAACUCAAGGGAGACAAACAUCGUUUAGAAUCGGAGAUUGAAGAUCUUGAAAGGAAGGUGGAGAGGAUGAGCACCAUGAAGAGUCAGAAAACUGGAGAGGAGAAUACAAAGAAGGAGAUGGAUGAGUUACGUCGCCAGGUCCGUAUGAUGGAGGCAGAGCUGAAGAGGAAAAGCCAGGUGCCAGAGAAACCAUACGAACUGAAAAAAGUUGAAUCUCCUAAGGAUCCACCUCCUAAGGGCAGUGGUGGAAGUGAUGACCUUAUUCGGUGGGAGGAGGGGAAGAAAUGGCAAAAGACUGUGGAGAAGAUGCGUGGCAAGAUCAAGGAGAGAGACACCGAGGUCGACCGCCUUAACAAGGCCAACAAGAUGCUGAAAGACAUUAAUGACAGGUUGACACGUGAGAAGGAGCAGUUGGAGAGGCGGAAUGUAAAUCUGGGGGGUAAGGCUGCUCCCGCCCCACCCCUCACUUCCCACCAACCCUACAAGCCUGAUCACCAACUAGAGGCACUCAAAAACCAGAACUACCAGCUUCAGGAGCAGAUAUCAGAGCUGCAUCGUGAGUUGGUCCAGGCGCGGGAAGUUCCGGCCGUGGAGGAGAGACUGAGAUCUCAGCUGGCUGGUAACCUUGACACAAUGGAAAGGGUGGCAGCACAGAAAACUCAUGCCACAUCAUCAUCACCUAAUGAGGGUACUGGCGGGGACCAGCAGGUGCUGCUUGGAAAAACUCAGGGUCUACAAAAACAGGUGCUGAAACUCUCAGAGGAAAACAUUGAGCUCAAAUUUGAGGCUGAGCAGGCCAAGAAAGACAUUCCUAGGCUGAAGGAUCGUAUAACAGACCUACAACGUUAUGUGGAGGCGCUGAAGUCAGAGAACAGUCAGUUGCUUGCUGGGGAUGGCACAAACAGAUCAAUGGAUUCCUCAGGAUCUUCUGUGAGGAGGAUUGGUGAGAGCGGGAAGAGCUCACGUCAGCUUGAGAAGACGAUCGCUCUCCUCAAGAAGGUGGUUGAGCGUGUACAGUCGGAAAAUGAACAGCUGAAGAAGGCCCCAGGGGUUGUCAGCAAUGAAAAACUACACAACCUCCAGCUUGAAAAUGAUGGACUGAAGUCUCAACUAGAGGAGUUACGUCAGCGUGUUGGUUCGACCCUGAGUGAGCGCUACACCAGCCAGCAGAAGGGCACAGCGAAGAUGAUGAAUGAUUAUGAGAAGAUGAGGAAAGACCUGAUGAGGGAAAUGGACACAAAUGAGAAGCUGCGUGCCAAUAUGACGUCGCUGGAGAUCAAAGUUGAACAGCAAAAAUCCCGUUUGACGGAAUCAAAAACCCGACUGCAGAUUGAGGAGAGCAAGGAUGAGGGGACUGGCGGUGAAGGAAGAGGCUGGAAGUCAGCUGUUGUGACACGCAUGUACGAGGAUAGGGUCAAGACUCUGGAGACAGACCUCGAGAAAAAGACAAAGCUGUUAUCAGACGCCAAGACGUUGCUGAAGGAGUCGGCAUUAAGAGAACAGAGACUCAUGGCAGAGAAAGAUCAACUUCUGAAGAAGGUUGCGGUGUUGGAAAGAUUACCUCCAGGUUCAAGUGUGUCCGAGGUGGAUUUGGCCAGGGACUAUCAACAGUCCAGGUUGACUAUUGACAGACUGGAGAAUGAAAAGAAAGAGCUGGCUCAUGAGCUCAGCAUGGCCCGCAGACAGGCAGGCACCUCUAAUAUAAGCGAGGACAUCUUCACAAAGGCAAACAGCUAUGACAAGGCAAUGUCCGAGAACAUAGAGCUUGGUCUGCAGUUGAAAACUACCAUGUUGGAGAGAGAUAAGCUGAAACUGGAGGUGGAUAGAUUACGGAAGGAGCUAGGAAAUUUUGGGCCUGACUUUUUUGAGGAGAUCGAAGACCUGAAGUUCAACUACAAGCAGUCUGUGGAGAAAAACUUUUCCUUGGAGGACAAAUUGAGGCAGAUUAGUACACAAUAUGGAAUUUCCAUACCAGGCCUCAAGUAGACAGUAAAGAUCUGGUUGCUUUGGCUUGGGUCACCUUGAGUACAAGAGAAAACAUAAUUGUAUAAGUGCCCAAUGCAGAAUAUAGGUCUGUUAGUAUGAUUUCAGAAUAGUAACGAUUUGUUGAUGUUUGAUACUACAUAGGUUCUGAUAAAGGAUUUGGAACCCUGCAUCAGACUUGCUGGUUGUUAAAUGUUGGUAAAUUUUUUGAAAAGAGGAAGAAGAAAGAGAAGAUUGGAUAGUUUUGUUUGUGUGUUCUUUUACAUGUGUGUGCUGGCAAGUGUUGUUUAGGCUACAUUUUGAAAGGUUAUUUUAAUUCAUGUAGUUUUUGUAACAUUUCAGUUUUGCUAUAUUUGUAGUGUUAAUAACCAGUAUUGAUUUGAUUCUAUAAAUAAUAAUCAUGGUUAAUACUGAUACCUGAAGUUGAACAAACUUUUAGGUUAAAGAAAAAUUUGUGUUAUUAUGUUAGGAUGAUAUGUUAGGAUGAGUGGCAAAAUAGUGAUAAGUUGCCCUAUUAAGAUAUGUGCAAAUAGAACUUCCAAGUAAAGUAAAUAUGUACUGAUGGAAAUUAAUAUACUUGUUAGUAUAUUUGCAUGACAACUGUGUAUGUUGUGUGGAAAGAUUAUAUAUUGUAUACAUAUGCUGGAAUAUUAACAAUUGAUCUGUGAUAUUUUACCGUCCAAUGAAUGUUGUAAAUUAUUUACAUGUGUAAAUGUAAAUUUUGAAUAGUAAAGUGUAUUUAAUAUAAAUGUAAUAUG